GAAAACCCAAAACAGAACGUGAAACCCAGAUGUCCUCUAACCCAUCGAACUCCUUCUCUGGUUUGUCCAUCGAAAUGCAAUUCUGAGAGUGUGAUCGAUAUUCAAAUCCCUCUUGAUUCCAACCAGCUGCAGAUCAAGUUUUUCACCAAACAAUUGGAAAUGAAACUCUGCAAUUUCUCCAGGUGGUAAGCAAGAACCAGAUCUGAAGGUUUUCUUAGAACUCAAGAACAAGUUAGCUCAGGCCCAGAUUUGGUAGUCUGGAUCGACUAAGGGUUUAUGAAGAGCACUCUAAAUUUUACAAUGGAAGGCUAAGGUUAGAGAGAGAUCAACUCCAAAACCUAGCGGCUGAGAAUAUCGUUCAGAACUGGGCAGGGGUUGAAUUUGUACAGAAUAGAAGCGGAAGAAACCUGAUACGAAGAAGAUAUCAGAGAGGGAAAAGUGAGAAUCACGCACAGCUAUUGGCAGCCAGUGGCACAGGAAAUAUACAUUGGGGCACUUCAUCCAACCAUUCAUGCCAUUAUGAAGGCUGGUUAUAGUUCUUUUUCAUGCAUCUCUUAGCCAUUUGGUUGGAAGUUCUAUACUGAGGAAAUGCUACCAAAGGUUUCCCGGGGAUUCUCCUUCUUUGGGAGUGGGGGGACCUUCAUGUUUGAUGAGAAGAAGGUUGAUGGAUCUGCCCCUAGUCCCAAAAGUUCUCCAUCUCUGAAACUUCUAACAGAUAGAGAUGUCUAUAGACCCGGUGAAUCAGUUCUUGUGACCAUUGAGAUUUGUAACCCUGAGCCCACUAAUGAGAUAGCUGACAGGGAGCAUGUGGGUAGCAGCACAUGUUCACUUCUGAUUGGAAGAAUAGCUUUUGAGCUGAAGGGAAUUGAGAAGUUGGAUACUCAGUGGUUUGCCACACAGAAACCAUUUCCUGGGUCAAAGCAGAGGAGAGGUGAACAGGUUUUCCUGGACUGUUCUACACCUUCCAUUAUUUCAAAUCAGAUCAUUUCCUCAGGUGGAACUAAAACAUACAUAGUACGAACAGAGCUACCAAAUAUCAUACCUCCAUCUUAUAGGGGUGCCACUGUUCGUUAUCUCUAUUAUGUUAGAACUACACUCUCUGGACAGUGGUUGAUAUUGGAGAAUGGCCAUUCCAAUAUAGAUCGCAAGGAUCAGAUUCAGCUGGAAGCUCGUACUCCAUUGCAAAUAUGGAUCACACAGAAGACCAGUGGCUUGCUAAAUGAAGAAGGUCAAUACAAUGGGAUUUUGCCUGCUAUGACCAUCCAAACAGAUAUUUAUUGGAAAGAGAAGGAUGGAGAUUCUGAAUGGGCUAGAGCUAAUGAAACAUUUGAUGGAGUUGAAGAAGGCUAUGAAAGCUCAAGGGAUGAGAUCUCAUCUGUUUCUUCUUACAAUCCUGCAAAGGGAAAUCUCGAGCAGGCUUUUGGAAGUUCUUUAUCUUUACAAUCAUCUGCAGCAAGGUCUUCAAACAAAGAUCUGUCGUAUCCCCAAGGAGAACGUGCCAGUUUAUCUUCAUAUGUGGCACUUCCCCAGCUCUCUGUAACUGAGGUUUUAUAUGAUCCUGUUGGGGAUGUACCCUCUCCUCCUGAGAAGCCUUCAGCUAUUGUCUCUCCUAGUCAGCAGAGAAAGCUUACAAAUCCCUUUUCCCUUGACGAUGAUGUCGGAACCCCCUCUGUACCUGGAUCUAUUGAGCCUCUAGCAUCAGAAGGCUUUAUUCGUGGACGAUCUUACAAUAUACGGUUGGAUGAUCAAGUUUUGCUCCGAUACACCCCUAGGAACUCGGACUCAACCUAUUACUUCAGUGAUAUGAUUGGUGGCACUCUCACUUUCUUUCAUGAAGAAGGAGCUAGGAGAUGCCUUGAGGUUUCAAUAACCCUAGAGACUUCAGAAACUAUAACCCAACGUUUUGUCCAUCAUUCACGAAGGAAUUCACCGACAGUUGCAAAGGUACAGAGCGAUUACCAUGAAGUUGUUGCUGAUUUGGUUCAGACAAGCUUUCUGUUCUCCAUUCCCAUGGAUGGACCUAUGUCUUUUUCUACGCCUCAUGUUUCAGUGCAGUGGGCUCUCCGCUUUGAAUUUUUUACGACGCCCAAAAAAGUAGAUUGGACCAGAUAUGAGCAUCCUCUUCUUAUCGAGGGAAGAGAUAAAGGUGAGUGGGUUCUUCCAAUAACAGUCCAUGCACCUCCAUUGCGUAGUCAAGCUGCUCACUCGAGAACUGAGAGACCCUCGUCUCUAGGACCAUUGUGGGUUCGUGGUUGAAGUAUCAAAUCUUGUUGAGUGAAAGCUUUAUGAAGCUAGGAAUCAGAUUGAUCUCCGCUGCAGUACAAUGGUAUAGGGGGAAUUUAUCCACUGGGCAUCUAUCUAGUCUGCAAGUGCGGUGUAAACGCCAAUAGAGGCAACAGUGAAGGGAGAACAUUAUCAACUUCGAGUUGACGAGACAACCUGUCUUACAGUCGGUAAAGCAUAUUCUGUGGAGCAUUGAGCAUCAAGACUUGUACCCCCCCUCCCCUGCACCCAAAGUUUUUUUUUUUUCACAUUUUUCUUUACUUUUUAUUGCUCAUUUUUCCUCCCUUCGGAGCAAUUGAUAGUUGCUGACUGCAGUGCUUAUGUUAAUUUUUUCGGUUUUAAGAAAAUCAGGUCAAGUGUUACAGUACUGUUUCUGUCACACAUCAUUCGUGGGAGCUCACAGGGCCUGUUCUGCAAAUAAAUUCCAUAUCCCCUUAUAA